UACAUUCACAUAGAGAAAGAGAAAAAAAAAAAAAACUACCAAGAACUCACACUGUCUGUCACAUAGACGUGUUCAGUUCUUGGAAAAGAAACGAAGAAAGAAACAAAGAAUUUAUUUAACCGUUUGAUGGCAACUAGGGUUAUCCCAUCAAGGAUCCUAAGGAAAAUCCGUUACAACAGAGCCACAACCACAACGGCCACAGCCACAAAACCGCUCGCCGCAACGCCAGUUUUCGAAAGGACCGAGCACAAGCCGCCGUCUUCAGCUGCCUCCGCCGCAACUAUCGCGGCUCCCUCGUCGGUCGACACCGAUUACAUACCGAGGAGGACGUUGGAUUUGGAGGACACAGAGAAGCUCUUCUCGUCGGUGUCUACAUGGCGGCUGCUGCGUUCGUCGGCGGUUUUACACGCGACGGCGGUGGGGCCCAUGGUUGACGUGGGAAUGCGGGUGAUGCGAUCGAGGUUUGUUGAGAGGGAAGGGUUGGUUAAGGAUGCGGUUAUGGGAGCGGUUAGGACCACGUUCUUUGAGCACUUCUGCGCCGGCGAAGAUGCCGCCGAGGCUGGGAGGAAGAUAAGGUCGCUGAAUGAGGCGGGUUUAAGAGGGAUGCUUGUUUAUGGUGUUGAAGAUGCGCACGAUAACCAUGGCUGUAACCGUAACCUUAACGGCUUCCUUCACACCGUUGAUGUUAGCAGAUCCCUUCCUAUGUCUUCUGUGAGUUUUGUGAUUGUGAAAAUCACUGCAAUUUGUCCCAUGAGCCUGCUAGAGAGAAUCAGUGACCUUCUAAGAUGGCAACAGAAAGAUCCUUCAUUCAAUUUGCCAUGGAAGCGAGAUUCCUUGCCAAUUUUCGCUGAAUCAAGCCCUUUGUACCACACCCAGAAGAAACCAGAGCCACUUACCCUUGAAGAGGAGCGUGAUCUUGAACUUGCAACCCAGAGACUUGUUGAACUCUGCCAGAAAUGUGUGCAGGCCAAUAUUCCUCUCUUGGUUGAUGCCGAACACACCACGGUUCAGCCGGCGAUCGAUUACUUCACGUAUUCCUCUGCCAUUGUUCAUAACAAGGAUGACAAUCCCAUCGUGUUUGGAACAAUUCAGACUUACUUGAAAGACUCCAAGGAGAGGCUCUUGCUGGCAUUGAAGGCAGCAGACAAAAUGGGAGUCCCAAUGGGGUUCAAAUUGGUGAGGGGUGCUUACAUGUCCAUGGAGAGCAAGAUAGCUGAAUCUUUCGGCUUCGAAUCGCCCAUUCAUGACACCAUUGAGGACACACACAAGUGUUUCAAUGAUUGCUCCUCUUUUCUUCUGGAGAAGGUUGCUGAUGGUCCUGGAUCACUUGUUCUUGCAACACAUAAUGUCGAAUCAGGCAAAUUGGCUGCCGCGAAAGCGCACGAAUUAGGGAUGGGAAAAGUGCACCACAAGCUGGAAUUCGCGCAGCUGUGUGGAAUGUCGGAGUCGCUUUCAUUUGGUUUGAGCAAUGCAGGGUUUCAGGUUAGCAAGUACUUGCCAUUCGGGCCGGUGGACAAGGUCAUGCCUUACCUCUUGAGAAGGGCUGAAGAAAAUAGAGGGCUCUUGGCUGCUUCAGGAUUUGAUAGGCAACUCAUGAGAAAGGAGAUUGGUAGGAGGCUAAAAGCUGCUGUUUUUUAGAGACGUUUAGUGGCAUUCAAUUCUGUGGGAUGAGAACGGAAUUCGCUAAACAUUGUACAAAUUAGAGAGUUCUGUUUUUCUGAGAGAAUUGUAUUUACACAUUCACUGCCUAUGGUUUCGCUUCACAAGUUGAAAUUUCAAAUAAUAUCAUCACUGUUUAAUA